UUCAAAAAUGAUUUAAUUGAAUUCACUUUAAAUACAUUUACAUUACAAGGUAAUUUUUAUAAUUUCUGUUUCAACACUUAACUGUACUAGCGGCAAAUAAUGAAAGUAAUUGUAUCUACUGAGAUAAGUAAGAGGAUACAACAGCGCUUUGGCUUUUAAUCGGUCCGAACUCAGUUUGUAAUCAAUUCCCAAACUUUAUUUCCUCAACUAUUCGACUGAACCGGUGUCCUUUUGAAUGCUAAGCAAAAAUCCAAACCUCUAGGUCAUGCUGUCUAAGCCGCUCGUCGUGGCGGGUGAAAAAAAACUAGGGUUGCAUUCCCACCAGUUACUAAUGUUAGUAGACGAGCAGUGCCUUUCGACUAGCGCGGAAAGCCCUCUUCAACCUCCUUUUAGGAACCGUAGAAAUGGAUGGGCGGUGUUUGGAGUGAAAAAGAUGAGACGGACGGAAUGAAGACAGAUGAGACUGAAAGAUUAUCUGUGGAACGUUACUGUCUCAGCAUUGGCCCAAGUGAUCCAAGGACACCACAGAAAAACCUUUUUUACGCAUUUUUGUAUGUAUAACAAAACUAUCCUACAUUUUGAAGUUUAAAAUUCCUUAUAUUCCUGAUACAAACAAAAAACACUGCUCAAUAAUCUGCCAGUAUCUCCUAAAUCAAGUACUGUCGAUGUGUUCUAUAAUUUAAGUAUGUUUUUCAGAUGUAUAAAAUGAUUUAAUUGAAUUCACUUUCAAUACAUUUACAUUAAAAGGUAAUUUCUUUUUCAACACUUAAUAGUAUUACCGGCAAAUAAUGGGAGUAAUUGUAUCCACCGACAUAUGUAAGUCAAAGGAUAUAACAACGCUUUGGCUUUUAAUCGAUCUGAACUCAGUUUCUAAUUAAUUCCCGAACUUUAUUUUCUCGACUAUUCGAUCGAACCUGUAUCCUUUUGAAUGCUAAGCACCAGUCCAAAUCUUUGUGCCAUGCUAUCCAAGCCGCUCGCCGUGGCGGGUAUGAAAAACUUUUGGGUGUUGGAUUCCAACCGGUUACUAUUUCUGGUGGACGUGUAGUGCCUUGGGACUAGGGCGGAAGGCCCUCUUGAACCUCCUUUUAGGAAUCGUGGGAAUGGAUGGGUGGUGAUUGGAAUGAGAAAGAUGAGACAAACGAAAUGAAGACAGAGGAUAGUGAAAGAUUAUCUGUAGAACAUUACUGUUCAGGCAUUGGUCCAAGUGACCCAAGAAAACCACAGAAAAUCUUGAUCCAGGGUAAAUGGAAUCGCAAUCGAACCGGUGUUAAACAAAAGUCCAAACCUCUAGAGCUAGACCAUGCUAUCCAAGCCGCUGUCGUGGCGGGGUAAAGCAACCUUUGGGUGUUGUAUUCUGAGCAGCUACUAAUGCUGGUAGACGAGCAGUGCCUCCGGACUACAUCGGAAUUUAGAGCGGAAUACCCUCUUCAUCGUCCUCAUAGUGAAAAUGGGUGGGUGGUGGUUGGGGUGAGAAAUAUGAAACGGAGAAAUGGAAACAGAAGAGAGUGAAAGAUUAUCUGUGGAAUGUUACUGCCCCAGCAUUUGCUUAACUGAUCCAAGGAAACCACAGAAAAACGAAUUAGUGUCUUCCCAAAUGCUAAGUAAUGGUCUAAACAUUUAGGUCAUGCCGCACUUUUUUCAGAACUUAUACUUUUAUCUCAACCUACUUAGACGGGUGGGAAGGUCUGCAGGCACUUAAUGAUCAGUGGUGUUGAGAACUCCCUCGACUAGGGUGGUUUUAAGUGUAUUAUUUUUAUGCCAAGUUAAAGCGCGAGUGUAAUAUUUGCACAUGUCUGUAACACGUUUUUGUAUGUAAACAAAAGUAUCCUACAUUUCGCAAAUUGAAAUUCCUUAUAUUCCUGAUACAAAGAACCCCCCUGUUCAACAAUUCAAUAUUCUAAAUAUGGUAUGUAAUUAAUGAUGUAAUUUCAAAAAUGAUUUAAUUAAAUUCACUUUCAAUACAUUUACAUUACAAGGUAAUUUUUGUAAUUUCUCUUUCAACACUUAACAGUACUACUGGCAAAUAAUGGGAGUAAUUGUAUCUACCGACAUAAGUAAAAGGAUACAACAACGCUUUGGCUUUUAAUCGGUCUGAACUCAGUUUCUAAUCAAUUCCCGUUCGCCAAAUAUACUCACUUCGGAAACUACAGUCGGUUUUAACAUAUCAUAUAUCAUAUUCUUAUUGCAAUAGUUUAUCAGCAACGAUGCUUUUAAGGUGGUUAACUUUAGUGUUUGUCGUGCAUAUCGUCUUGACCAGUGAUAAUUCUUACAUUCCUAUUACACAAAAUUUAAUACGAUAUUAUGUCGAACUUAUUACAAGGGAAAUGCAAAGAGCGCUUACAAGUGUUCUACCGACAAGUGCUCACUUCUAUGAACCGGAGAGUCCUGAGAUCAUAGAUGCAGGAGAAUACGACUUUAUUAUCGUUGGAGCAGGUUCAGCUGGUGCAGUGAUAGCAAACAGACUUACAGAAGUUGAAGAAUGGAGUGUUCUCCUAAUAGAAGCCGGCGACUUAGAAACUGAUUUUAGUGAUAUACCGUUUAUGCAUAUUUAUCUGCAAGGUUUAGAAAUGAAUUGGGGUUUUAAUACGACUCCUCAAACCACCGCUUGUCUAGGUAUGUGGAAUAGAAGCUGUCACUAUCCAAGAGGUAGAGUUUUGGGUGGUACUAGUUCCAUUAACGGCUUGGCAUACGUAAGAGGUAACCCAUUAGACUAUGACAAAUGGGCAGCCCUUGGAAAUACCGGUUGGUCCUACGAAGAAGUACUUCCUUACUUCAAAAAGUCUGAAAACGCUCGUAUCCAAGACGCUGACGAGGAAUACCAUGGUUAUGGAGGAUAUUGGUUUGUCGAAAACCAUCGUCCUAACAAUGCCCAUACUGCGGCUUAUAUUCAAGCAAACAUCGAAAGGGGGAGGCGAGUAGUAGAUUAUAAUGGUAGAGAACAACUGGGAGUUGCUGAAGCCCAAAUCAACAACCAGUAUGGAAGGCGUUGCAGUACAGCCAAAGCAUUUCUACGACCCAUUCAACAUAGAGAAAAUCUAGAGAUUUGGAUUAACAGCUACGUUACCCAAAUCCUUAUUGAUCGAAACAAGAAAGCUUAUGGGGUACGAUUAGCUAACCGAGGGCAAUACUUUGAAGCGAGAGCAAGAAGGGAGGUAAUAGUUUCUGCUGGAUCAAUACAAUCACCUCAACUGCUAAUGCUUUCCGGAGUUGGACCUGCUGAUCAUUUAAAGUCCGUUCAAAUCCCAGUUGUUAAAGAUCUGCCGGUGGGUCAAAAUUUAAAAGACCAUGCUACGUAUUUUGGUCUUUAUUUCACGUCUAAUUAUACAGAACCCGUAGACACCAUAGAAAACUAUUUAAGACAGUACUUCAACGAAUACGGACCUUAUACAAUUGCCCUUAAUUCUCAAGCACUUGGCUUUUAUCAGUCACACUUGGAAAGUACUCCUGGAUAUCCUGACAUCGAGUUCCUUGUAAUUCCCGCUAAUAGCAGUACUCCCAUGAUACAGAGGGCGCUUCACGUUACUGACGAAGUUUACGAUGCGGUUUGGGGUAGAGUCGAUCCCACCACAAUGAUGUGCAUAUACAUUAUUGUCCUUCACCCCAAGUCUGUGGGAACUAUUACGCUUAAAUCAAAUGACCCUUACGAAUAUCCUGAUAUCGAUCCUCGAUACCUUUCCGAUCCAUACGAUCACGAUAUUGAAACUAUGUACCAGGGCAUUUUGUUAGCUUUGGAUUUAAUAGAUACGAAUGCGUAUAGAGCACGUAAUAUGAGUUUACUUUAUGCUGCACCUCCAGAUUGCAGGGGAUUCCCCUUUUCGUCGAGAGCAUUCUGGUACUGCGCUAUGAGGCAGUUGACAUCUAAUUUAUACCAUCCAAUAAGCACUUGCAGAAUGUCUCCUGAUCCUGAAGAGGGAGUGGUCGACCCUAGGCUGAGAGUACACGGUAUUAAAAAUUUAAGGGUUGCCGAUUGCAGUAUUAUACCACAUCCUGUCUCUGGACAUACCAAUGCCCCGGCUGUUAUGAUCGGUGAGAAAGCGUCAGAUUUGAUUAAGGAAGAUAAUCUACCCAAUUAUAAAUCAUUGAUUAAUGAGAAAUUAUAUAAGAGACAUUUUUAUGACAUUUGAUGUAAGUAUUGCUAAAAGACAGGAUUAAUGUUACUGCAUUUUUAAAAAUUUUAUUAUUCUUUCCCUCUUCAUGAUUCUUUGUUCCUAAUAACUGCGUAAUAUAUUUUUUUUGUGCUAAAAAAUUUACUCAAAUGUGAAACACUAAUAACUAAUCAAUUAUUUUUAAAUUUGUUUACACCUUUUGCACUAUAUACCUUAAUAGAACACAUUUAACACUGAAAAUGUUCAUUUUGUAGUUAAUUUAAACUUGUGAUUAAUGUCUACAUAACUAUCACAAUUCAUAUAAAUUAUCAGGAUGUCACUUCCUUUUGUUUUAAAAGGCUCCUGGAUCUCAGGUAGAAAAUUUAUUUAAUUUGUUAAACAUGCGCUGAAUGGUGAAAAUUUAGAAAUUAACGCGUUUAUGAGUUUUAUUAAAGAAAGCUUCUUCCUGAUUUUGGAAAAUUGGAUGGUUGUUCUAGUUUUUAAUACGCCUGUUAUCCAAAUGGUCUUCAAUCAAUUGAUCUUCCUAGUUUUGAUAGUUUUGAGAACUCCUCAAUUUUAUGCUGAAAUUUGAGGUAUUUCUAAAAUACUGUUUUUGAGCACUUCCUACUUAACAAAUUCGUUUCACAUCACUCAAACUACUCGUACAGUACCGUUUUUUAUAUUGCUGUUAUGUAAUAAUUGUAAAGUAAUAGUAACAUUAGAUAGACGACCUACCAAAAAAUGUACUUGUAAAUACAACUAUUUCAUACCUGUUAAUUACGUUAUUAAGGCAAUCAAUAAAAAUGCCAGAUCUAGAAUGUAUAAUUACGACUUACACAAGGGAAAGUGAACUGAAUCGAAUUAACAUAAUAAUAAAACGUAGUUGUUGAGCCCGUGUUAAUGAAAACUAUUUAUCAAUUAAUGCCCAUAUAGUUUCCUGUUUAAAUAAACUGUUAAACAUUGUAAUAAAAAUUUACAAUAAAUAAAUCUGUACACCUAACUGUAAUUAAACAUAAAUAUGAACGCACUUUCACAACUUUUGCGUUGAGUUUAGGCACGGAAAAAUAUGAGAAUGCGACAUUACUAUUAUCAUUGGAGCAGGUUAUGAUCUAAGGUUAUGAUACAAUAAAACUAAAAACGUAGGAUUGCAAGCGAACGGAAAAUCGUCUUUCUCACGCUUGACGUCAUCUUGAGAGUUCUAGUCAAUUUCGAAUACAAUGCGUUAGAUGACUGGUCAUAUUAUUUUUCACUUGUGAGUCCGCAGAAACAAAAUAAAUAGUUGAUACAUAAAAAACCUGUCAAUAAAUACAUAAACAAAAUUUAAUUGUUUAUGCAAAUUUAAUGGAUUGUUUGUAUUUUAACUGGAGCACUUAAGUGUUUUCGACAAAACCAAACUGGGUAUUUUUGAAAUUAUUAAUGUAGCCAAACAAGUAUCUAUACUGAGUACAACGAUUACAAAAAUUGUUUUAAUGUUUCAUCCUUUAACAAUUCCGAUUACUAAUCGCAAAAAUGAAGAGAAAUACAAUGUGCCCAUUUUAGCGUAAUUACUCCUGGAGUUCUUUACAGAAACGCAUGAAGAUCCUUGAAUUAGUCGAGGUGAAUUUUACUUAUGACUAGCUCGAUCCUGAAACUUAAACCAUUCGAAUUAUUAUGAAUGGGCCAUCUAAACACAUGAGUUUACAGUACACUACUGAAAAGCGUGAAAGAUUUGAGAAAUCGAAUAUUUACCUGAUAUAAAACAUUAUUAUUACCCAAAAACUUCUAUCGUUUCGUAUGUUGUUAACAGACACGUUUAAACGAUAAAGUUUCAGAAUAAAAUUCUGUAAACGUUUUUUUGUUUCCACAGUGACAUUAAAUUGAUUUCCUAAUCGAUGUCAUGAAACUCAACAUGUAAUUAUUAACGUCUAAUCACCUACGCCACUGCAGCAAUUUUUAUUCCGUCAUUGGUAAAUUAGGGAGUUAGCUUGAUCA